AUGGGUUUGGAGAUUGGCUGUAUGAUUCAGAAGCUGUUGAAGCUAAGGCCAAUCAUCCAAAAAUUGUAUGGGGAAAACCCUGGCCCUAUGCAGAGUUUACCUCCGAGUAAUUUUCUUCGUCUUGAACAUGAUGACAUAUCCUUCUUGGAGAAGCAGAUCAUUAAUGAGGAAAUCAAAGCAACUCUCUUUGAUAUGUGGAAUGUUGUUGGAGAUAUGGUGUGCAAUUGGGUUAGAAGUAUUUUCAAUGGUGGUGCUAUUGAUUCUGAGCUUAACAAUACACUUCUUAUGCUAAUCCCCAAGAUUAUAUCCAAUCGCUUCAAGACCAUUUUCCCGAACAUUAUUGGCCCAGAGCAAGCUGGAUUCAUUGCAGGAAGAAACAUCAUUGAUAAUGUUAUUAUUGUUCAAGAGGUUCUGUGGAAUGGAGUUCCUCUGACUAAAUUCAGGCUAGCUAGGGAGAUACGCCAAGGUUGCCCACUCUCCCCUUAUCUUUUCGUUCUAUGCAUGGACUGGCUUGGUCAAAUGAUUCAUUCGAAUAUUUCAGAAGAUGAUCUUGUCAUUUUUAGCAAGGCUGAUCUGAAGCAUUGUAGGAUUAUAAAAGACAUUUUGAGCAGGUUUUGCGAUUUUUCUGGGCAUAAAAUUAAUGCUAGGAAAACGAACAUCUUCUUCUCUAAAGGAGUUGAUACGACGAUGGCGGAUUCAAUUAGCUCUCUGUUUGGAUUCCAAAAGAAGAAGAUGUCUCUUGUUCGGUGGGAUUCGAUUUGUCAACCUAAAUGCUGUGGAGGUCUUGGCUUACGAAAAUUAAGAGACCAGAAUAUCUCGUUUUUACUAAAGCUAGGAUAUAAAAUUGUUGCUAACAAAGAGGUUCUUUGGUUUCGAGUUAUCAGUGCUAAAUACCAUCUGACAGAAAUAUUUCCUGAGUCUCUUAAGCGAACAAGGAGUUCGUUUCUUUGGGGCGCUCUUUCUAAAAUUUGGCCACUGCUUCGUGAGAAUUUAUACUGGUCGGUUGGAAAUGGGCGCCAAAUUCGAUGCUGGGAAGAUGUGUGGAUUCCUAAUGUGGGGCAAUUGAUCAAGUUCAUCUCCCGAAUGUCACCUUAG